AUGGUUAAAUCAGCUCUUUUGACUGCUAUCCCACUGCUCAUGCUCGCCGAGCAAGCCCUUGGAUUCGGCUGUUCAACUCACAGCUACACAACAUGCCAAGAUAAAAUAGUCCAUUGGUUUGACCCCGACGACGGUAUGAUCUGUGAUCCUCUCGACUGCGGCGGCGGCCGAGCACCCCCAAAGACUGGCGUGCCUGGAUGUGCCGGAUAUACCGGCACCGAGACCAUCGGAACCUCGUAUCUCUCGUGUUGGAAACCUUCGACUACGCUCGUUGCUGCAGCUGCGGAGACGACAUCGGAAACGACAGUGACGAAAACUGCUGAGCCUAGUACUGUGAUUGAGGUUGAGACGAGGACUACGACGAGGCAUGUCGUGUCCGAAUCGGCGGAACCGCUUGAAUCGAUUCGAGUCACGGCGGCGACGGGAUCAACUACUGUGGCUCCUGUGCUGCCAUCGGCGACUAAAUCGACUGACGAGGCUGUUUCUGCUUCUACACCUGCUCCUGCGGCUACUACUGCUGCGGCUAAUGCGGCUCGAGUCAUGGAGGCGUCUCUUAUUGCCGUUGCUGGCGUUGCGCUUGGAGCAAUUGUGCUCCUCUAA